AUGGCAGAGUAUGACGAAGAUGAGGAACACAACGAAGAGCAAAGACUCAUUAUGCAAGGAGGUGUGGGCAUACCCCGUGACGAGCACGGCAAUGAGUGCCCGUUGCUUGGACCCAUUGUCACCGGAGAUCACGGGCGGAAGUGCCUGGUACUCGAUCUCGAUGAGACUCUCGUACACAGCAGCUUCAAAAUGAUACCGAACGCAGAUUUCAUCGUUCCUGUUGAAAUUGAAGGUACAGUGCACAGCGUCUACGUCAUCAAGAGACCAGGUGUUGACGAGUUCAUGCGGCGAAUGGGGGAAAUCUACGAAGUCGUCGUCUUCACGGCUUCAUUGGCCAAGUACGCCGAUCCGGUGCUUGACAUUUUAGACAUUCACCGAGUGGUGCGACAUCGGCUGUUCAGAGAAUCGUGCUACAAUCACAAAGGCAAUUACGUCAAGGACUUGAGCCAAUUGGGAAGAGAUAUCGGAGAAUCGAUCAUCAUAGACAACUCUCCCGCGUCUUAUAUCUUUCAUCCAAAGAACGCGGUACCCAUCUCCAGCUGGUUCAAUGAUCCGCACGACACAGAAUUGACGGACCUCUGCCCCUUCCUAGCCGAUCUGAGCGACGUCUACGAUGUCCGAACCGUACUCGAUGGCGCGCUCUAA